AUGGACCACUCGUACCCCAACAACCCCAACCACAUGGAUUUUCACAGGCCCUCGUCGUCGGCACUAAACUCGCUCGACUCCAGGAAACCCUCGGCCUUUUCCUUUGACGACAACGCCACGCUCGACUCCAACAUCCUCGACACCCCCGUCCUCAUGUCGCCCUCGACCAGCACCCAGGGCAUCUUCUCGCCCGACACAUCCAUCUGGGAGGACUUCUCGGCCGCCCAGUUCGUCGACCGCACCGCCACCAGCUCCGUCGUCAACACAAACGGCAACAACCCCUUCUUCACCGAGCAGAGCAACAACCCUUUUGCCCGCCUGCCCCCCAACCAGGCCGCCACCUACGGCCAGCAGUCAUGGCCCGUUGCCGACAACUCGGGCGCCCGCACUCCCACGGCCUCCAAGCCCCUCAACCCCUUUGGUCCCGGUGACUUUGGUGCUGCCCCCUUUGUCGACCAGCAGCAGCAAAUGUCGUUCCACGCCCUCCCUGUCCACCAAAACGUCCGCCCCAGCGCCGUCUUCCAGGCCGCCCCCGAGCAGCCCAUGUCCCCCCACACCCACUCGGACUGGAUGGCCUUUAACCAGCAGGAGAUGGAUGCCCGCCCCGGCCCCAAGCGCAUGCGGCCCAACACGCCACCCCGCUCCUUCUCGCCCCGCCGUGACGGCGGCAUCCGCAAGAAGAAUGCCCGCUUCGACAUCCCUGCCGAGCGCAACCUGCACAACAUCGACACGCUGAUCCAAGGCUGCACCAACGAGGAAGACCUCAAGGAGCUCAAGCAGCAAAAACGACUUCUUCGCAACAGACAGGCCGCACUUGACUCCCGGCAGCGAAAGAAGAAGCACACCGAGGAGCUUGAAGAGGAGAAGAAGCAGUGGAUGGAGAAGAUCUGCCAGAUGCAGGACGACUUUGCCACGAUGCGCCUCGAGUACGAGGCUCUUGUGGCCGAGAAGGAGAACUGGCACCGCGAGUCCAUGGAGCUGCACCACAUGGUCAACCAGCUGCAGUUCGACAAGGAGGAGCUUGUCCGCACCCACACGAUUGAGACGGGCGAGCUGCGCAAGAAGGUCUCUGUCCUGACGGAGCGCCUCGAGGCCGCCACGGGCAACGGCAUGGCU